UAGCCGGUAUGAACCACCUCAGAGAGUAUGGUAUCGUGCACCGCGACAUCAAACCAGGCAACAUCAUGCGUGUCAUCGGUGAGGACGGGAGGUCUGUCUAUAAGCUGACUGACUUCGGAGCAGCCAGAGAACUAGAAGAUGAUGAACAGUUUGUCUCUCUUUACGGCACUGAGGAAUAUCUGGUGAGUCUCCUGCCCUCCGACCUCUUACCUCUCACCUACAGUAGGGCCCUUUACUGAUCUAGGAGGAAUGAUGUGCUAUGGACAUGACCUCAACAUGCCUUUGGUGUUUCUCUGUUUGUAUCUAACAGCACCCUGAUAUGUAUGAGCGUGCCGUGCUGAGGAAAGAGCACCAGAAGAAGUACGGUGCGACGGUUGACCUGUGGAGCAUCGGAGUGACCUUCUUCCACGCUGCCACCGGGUCACUCCCCUUCAGGCCCUUCGAAGGACCACGCAGGAACAAGGAAGUCAUGUAAGAACUACGUCCUGGUGACCUAGGGUGGUCUAGUGGUCUAAGAACUACGUCCUGGUGACCUAGGGUGGUCUAGUGGUCUAAGAACUACAUCCUGGUGACCUAGGGUGGUCUAGUGGUCUAAGAACUACAUCCUGGUGACCUAGGGUGGUCUAGUGGUCUAAGAACUACAUCCUUGUGACCUAGGGUGGUCUAAGAACUACAUCCUGAUAACCUAGGGUGGUCUAGUGGUCUAAGAAACUACAUCCUGAUGACCUAGGGUGGUCUAGUGGGUCUAAGAACUUACAUCCUGAUGACCUAGGGGGGUCUAGUGGUCUAAGAACUACAUCCUGGUGACCUAGGGUGGUCUAAGACAACUACAUCCUGGUGACUAGGGUUGGUCUAGUGGUCUAAGAACGACAUCCUGGUGACCUAGGGUGCUCUAAGAACUACAUUCUGAUGACCUAGGGUGGUCUAGUGGUCUAAGAACUACAUCCUGGUGACCUAGGGUGGUCUAGUGGUCUAACUACAUCCUGGUGACCUAGGGUGGUCUAGUGGUCUAACUACAUCCUGGUGACCUAGGGUGGUCUAGUGGUCUAAGAACUACAUCCUGGUGACCUAGGGUGGUCUAAGAACUACAUCCUGGUGACCUAGGGUGGUCUAAGAACUACAUCCUGGUGACCUAGGGUGGUCUAGUGGUCUAAGAACUACAUCCUGGUGACCUAGGGUGGUCUAGUGGUCUAAGAACUACAUCCUGGUGACCUAGGGUGGUCUAGUGGUCUAAGAACUACAUCCUGGUGACCUAGGGUGGUCUAGUGGUCUAAGAACUACAUCCUGAUGACCUAGGGUGGUCUAGUGGUCUAAGAACUACAUCCUGGUGACCUAGGGUGGUCUACAUUUUACAUUUACAUUUUAGUCAUUUAGCAGACGCUCUUAUCCAGAGCGACUUACAGUUAGUGAAUACAUUUAUUUUUUUUUUUUAUACUGGCCCCCCGUGGGAAACGAACCCACAACCCUGGCGUUGCAAACGCCAUGCUCUAUCAACUGAGCUACAUCCCUGCCGGCCAUUCCCUCCCCUACCCUGGACGACGCUGGGCCAAUUGUGCGCCGUCCAUGAGUCUCCCGGUCGCGGCCGGCUGCGACAGAGCCUGGAUUCGAACCAGGAUCUCUAGUGGCACAGUUAGCACUGCAAAGCAGUGCCUUAGACCACUGCGCCACUCAGGAGGUUAACUACAUCCUGGUGACCUAGGGUGGUCUAAGAACUACAUCCUGAUGACCUAGGGUGGUCUUGUGGUCUAAGAACUACAUCCUGAUGACCUAGGGUGGUCUAGUGGUCUAAGAACGACAUCCUGGUGACCUAGGGUGGUCUAAGCCGCUUCCUUCGGAACACACAGUGCAUUGGGAAAGUAUUCAGACCCCUUGACUUUUUCCACAUUUUGUUACGUUACAGCCUUAUUCUAAAAUUGAUUAAAUAAAAAAUGUCCUCAUCAGUCUACACCAAAUACCCCAUAAUGACAAAGCGAAAACAGGUUUUUAGAAAUUGUUGGUAAUGUAUUUAAAAUAUAUAUAUAAUUAAAUAUGUAUUUACUUAAGUAUUCAGACCCUUUGCUAUGAGACUCGAAAAUUGAGCUCAGGUGCAUCCUGUUUCCAUUGAUCAUCCUUGAGAUGUUUCUACAACUUCAUUGGAGUCCACCUGUGGUAAAUUCAAUUGAUUGGACAUGAUUUGGAAAGGCACACACCUGUCUAUAUAAGGUCCCACAGUUGACAGUGCAUGUCAGAGCAAAAACCAACCCAUGAGGUCGAAGGAAUUGUCCGUAGAGCUCCGAGACAGGAUUAUACAAAUCUGUAAAAAGCACUUGGCAGCCCGCUUGGAGGUUGCCAAAAGGCACCUAAAGUAUUCUCAGACUAUGAUAAUCAAGAUUCUCUGGUCUGAUGAAACAAAGAUUGAACUCUUUGGCCUGAAUGCCGAGCGUCACGUCUGGAGGAAACCUGGCACCAUCCCUACAGUGAAGCAUGGUGGUGGCAGCAUCAUGCAGUGGGGAUGUUUUUCAGCGGCAGGGACUGGGAGACUAGUCAGGAUCAAGGCAAAGAUGAACGGUCAAAGUACAGAGAGAUCCUUGAUGAAAACCUGCUCCCGAGCGCUCAGGACCUCAGACUGGGGUGAAGGUUCAUCUUCCAACAGGACAACAACCCUAAGCACACAGCCAAGACACAACACAGGAGUGGCUUUGGGACAAGUCUCUGAAUGUCCUUGAGUGGCCCAGCCAGAGCCCUGACUUAAACCCGACCGAACAUCUCUGGAGAGACCUGAAAAUAGCUGUGCAGCGACGAUCCCCAUCCAACCUGACAGAGCUUGAGAGGAUCUGCAGAGAAGAAUGGGAGAAACUCCCCAAAUACAGGUGUGCCAAGCUUGUAGCGUCAUACCCAAGAAGACUCAAGGCUGUAAACGCUGCCAAAGGUGCUUCAACAAAGUACUGAGAUUAAAGGUUCUGAAUACUUAUGUAAAUGUGUUAUUUGCUGAAAAAAAAUCUAAAAACCAGUUUUUGCUUUGUCAUUAUGGGGUAUUGUGUGUAGAUUGAUGAGGGGGGGAAAAACAAUUUGAUACAUUUUAGAAUAAGGCUGUAACAUAAACAAAAGGGGGUUUAAAAUUUAAAGAGGUCGAGACUUUUUGAAUUCCUGUAAAUUUGCUGCCGCCGCGCAUGGGUUGGGAAACGGCCCCAAUGCUAUUUUUAGGGCCUUUUAUUUUUAUCUUUCCUCUUUAAACCCCAAAAAGGCAAAAUAGGGAGGAAGGGUUUUUAAGUGACGCUUUUUGGGCCUGUUCCCCAUUUUAGGUUUUUAAGAUAAACACAAGAAGCCCCCCGGAACCCUCUCAGGGGCCGAAAGUUUGGAACGGGAAGAUUUAGGGGGGCACGGGGGGGGCCUGUCUCCCGCAAACCCGUCCAAGUAGUACUAGUUACCCCUACCUCAAAAACCCGACCUCUGAAACCCCUACCCCGACCCCUUAAACCCCUUUCCCCGGGCCUUGACCCUGAAACCCCUUUUCCCCGAAACCCCCUUUCCCCUGACCCCUGACCUUACCCCCCGGGGGGGGCCUUACCCCGACCUGACCCCUGACCUCUGACCUCUACCCCUGACCUCUACCCCCCACCCUUUUCCUCUACCCCUAACCCCCUUUCCUCUACCCCUGACCCCGGGCCUCUACCCCUGAACCCCCUUACCUUACCCCUGAAACCUUUUGACCCCCUACCCCCGACCCCCGAAACCCCUUUCCCCGACCUCUGACCCCAAACCCGGCCCCUUACCCCGGGCCUUACCCCUUUACCCCCACCUUUCCCCCGACCCCUUCCUCUUUCCCCGGGCCUCGACCUCUAAAUUCCUUACCUCUUUAAACCCCGAAACCCCACCCCCGACCCCCGAACCCUCUACCCCCGACCCCCCACCUGACCCGGCCUCGGGCCUUUUAAAAACCUUUCCCCCUUUAAACCCCGUCUUUUCUGCACCCCUUCCAAGAGGUCCUUGGUCCCUUAAAAAAAAAAAAUAAUCUGAAACCCCUUUACCCCUCCUCCAGGGGCCUAAGGCCGGGGGGGCUAAAAUAUUUGAGGGGACCUCCAACCCCUUGCGUUUUAACCCCGGGGGUCCAGAGCCUGGGUGACCCCCGUCCUAGCCAAACCCCCUUUUGGGGGCUAACCUCUCUCUCCUCCUCUCCUCCCGGGGCCCCCCAAAGGGCCCGUGACCCCAAAAUUUUCCUUUGCCAAAAAUUUGGAGGCAAAAUCUCUCCUCUUCUCUUUUCUCUCUCUCUCUCCCUCUCCUUUCCCGGGGCCCUUUAAACCGGCCCCCGACCCAAAUUAAAAAAUUUGGAGGCUAAACCCCUUUUCCCCUCUUUAUUCUCUUUCUCUUCUUUUCUCUCUUCUCCUCUCCCCUCCCUCUCUCUCUUCCCCCCUCCAAGGGGGCCCCCAAACCGCUGACCCCCAGUUUGCUAGCCAACAUCUUGGAGGCCCAAACCCCUCUUUCUCUCUCUCUCUCCUCCAGGGGGCCCCAAGGGGCCUGCGACCCCAGGUAGCCAAAUCUUGGAGGCAAACCCCUCCUCUCUCUCUUUUUCUCUCCUCCGGGGCCUCCCGUGCCUGUGGGGCCCCAAAUGCUAGCCAAAAAUCUUGGAGGCUAACCUUCUCUCUUCUCUCCCCCCCAAAGGGGCCCCAGUGGGCCCGUGACCCCAGUGCUAGCCCAAAUCUUGGGGGGCUAACCUUCUCUUUUCUCUCUCUCCUCCAGGGGCCUCCAAAAAGCCUGUGAAACCCCGUCCAGCCAACAUUUGGAGGCCUUUAACCCUCUCUCUCUCCUUUUAUCUCUUUCCUUUCCAAAGGGGGCCCCCAGUGCCUGUGACCCCAGUGCUAGCCAAAACUUGAAGGCUAAACCCCUUUUUCUCUCUCUCUCUCUCUCUCUUCCCCUCUCCUCUCUCCCCAGGGGGCCCCCAGAGCCUUUUGACCCCCGUCCCAGCCAAAUCUUGGAGGGCCCAAAACCCCUCUCUCUCUCUCUCUCUUUCCUCCAGGGGCCUCCAGUGCCUGCUGACCCCAGUGCUAGCCAACAUUUGGAGGUAACCUCCUCUCCUCCUCUCUCCUCUCUCUCUCUCUUCUCCUCUCUCUUCUCUCCUUUCCCGGGGGGGCCCCGUGCCUGCUGACCCCCGUGCUAGCCAAAAUCUUGGAGGCUAAAACCCCUUUUCUCUUCUUUCCUCCAGGGGCCCCCAGUGCCUGGGAAACCCCCGUCCAAACCAAAAUCUUGGAGGAUAACCUCUCCUCCCUCUCUCUCUCUCCCCCUUUCCCUCCAGGGGGGCCUUUCCCGUGCCUUUUGACCCCAGUGCUAGCCAACAUCUUGGAGGCUAACCUCUCUCCUCUCUCUCUCCUCCUCCAGGGGCCUCCAGUGCCUGCUGACCCCCCGUCCUAAACCCAAAAUCUUGGAGGCUAACCUCUCCCCCCUCUCUUUUCCUCCAGGGCCUCCAGUGCCCGUGACCCCCGUGUUUGCCCCCAUCUUUGGGGGGCUUUAAACCCCUCUCUCUCUCUUUCCUCCAGGGGCCUCCGAGGCCCGCUGACCCCAGUCCUGCCAAAAUCUUGGAGGGUAAACCCCAUUUGCUCUUUUCCCCCAGGGGCCUCCAGAGCCCGUGACCCCCGUGCUAGCCAAAAAUUUGGAGGGGUAAAACCCCUGCUUCCUUUCCUUUCCCGGGGCCUCCAGAGCCCGCGACCCCAGUUUAGCCAACAUUUGGAGGCAACCUCUCUCCUUCUCUCUCUUCCCCCCUCCAGGGGGCCCCAAAGAGCCCGGAACCCCCGUGCUACCAACAUCUUGGGGGUAACCCCCUUUUCUCCCCUUUCCCCCUCAGGGGCCUCCAGAAACCUUUCGGGCCCCGUGCUAGGGCCAAACCCCUUUGGGGGCUAACCUCUCUCUUUCUCUUUCCUCCCGGGGCCUCCAGAGCCGGGUGAAACCCCGUGUAGCCAAAACUUGGAGGCCCCCAAAUCUCUCUCUCUUUUCUCUCUUCUCUUUUCCUCCAGGGGCCUCCCCGGCCUGCCUUUACCCCAGGCUAGCCAACUCUUGGAGGCUAACCCCCUCUCUCUCUUUCCUAGGGGGCCCCAGAGCCGGUGACCCAUGCUAGCCAAAAAAUUUGGGGGGCCCGACCAGGAGGGGUUUUGGGGCUUUGACCAGUUCUUUGCUGAGACCAGUGAUAUCCUGCAUCGUACCGUGGUGUUGGUCUUUAGUCUGCAGCAGGCGACUCUCCAUACAUUACAUCCACCAGUAAUACGUGAGUCUAUACUACAUUACAUCCACCAGUAUAAUACGUGAGUCUGUACUACAUAAAUCCACCAGUAUAAUACGUGAGUCUAUACUACAUAUACAUCCACCAGUAUAAUACGUGAGUUUUAUACUACAUAUAAUCCACCAGUAUAAUACGUGAGUAUACUACAUAUACAUCCACCAGUAUAAUACGUGAGUCAUACUACAUAUACAUCCACCAGUAUAAUACGUGAGUCUGUACUACAAUACAUCCACCAGUAUAAUACGUGAGUCCCGUACUACAAAACAUCCCGUAUAAUACGUGAGUCUAUACUACAUAUACAUCCACCAGUACAAUACGUGAGUCUGUACACAUAUACAUCCACCCGUACAAUACGUGAGUCUGUUUCUACAUAUACUCCAAACCCGUAUAAUACGUGAGUCUGUACUACAUAUAAUCCACCAGAAAUACGGAGUCUAUACUACAUUACAUCCACCAGUAUAAUACGUGAGUCUGUAUACAUAUACAUCCCCCAGUAUAAUACGUGAGUCUGUACUACAAAAUACAUCCACCAGUAUAAUACGGAGUCUGUACUACAUAUAAUCCACCAGUAUAAUACGUGAGUCUAUACUACAUAUACAUCCACCCGUACAAAACGUGAGUUGUACUACAUAACAUCCACCAGUCUAAUACGUGAGUCUAUACUACAUAUAAAUCCACCAGUACAAACGUGAGUCUGUACUACAUAUACAUCCACCAGUAUAAUACGUGAGUCAUACUACAUUAACAAACACCAGUAUAAUACGUGAGUCUGUACUACAUAUACAUCCACCAGUACAAUACGUGAGUCUAUAAAUACAUAUACUCCACCAGUAUAAAACGUGAGUCUAUACACAUUACAUCCACCAGUACAAUACGUGAGUCUAUACUACAUAUACAUCCACCAGUAUAAUACGUGAGUCUAUACUACAUAUACAUCCACCAGUAUAAUACGUGAGUCUGUACUACAUAUACAUCCACCAGUACAAUACGUGAGUCUAUACUACAUUACAUCCACCAGUAUAAUACGUGAGUCUAACUACAUUACAUCCACCAGUAUAAUACGUGAGUCUAUACUACAUAUACAUCCACCAGUAUAAUACGUGAGUCUGUACUACAUAUACAUCCACCAGUAUAAUACGUGAGUCUAUACUACAUAUACAUCCACCAGUAUAAUACGUGAGUCUAUACUACAUAUACAUCCACCAGUAUAAUACGUGAGUCUAUACUACAUAUACAUCCACCAGUAUAAUACGUGAGUCUGUACUACAUAUACAUCCACCAGUAUAAUACGUGAGUCUGUACUACAUAACAUCAACCAGUAUAAUACGUGAGUUAUACUACAUAUACACCACCAGUAUAAUAGUGAGUCUGUACUACAUAUUUCAUCCACCAGUAUAAUACGUGAGUCUGUACUACAUAUACAUCCACCAGUAUAAUACGUGAGUCUAUACUACAUAUACAUCCACCAGUAUAAUACGUGAGUCUCCACUACUAUACAUCCACCAGUUAAUACAUGAGUCUAUACUACUAUACAUCCACCAGUAUAAUACGUGAGUCUAUACUACAUAUACAUCCAACCCCGUAAAGUGAGUCUAUACUACAUAUACAUCCACCAGUAUAAUACGUGAGUCCUAUACUACAUAUACAUCCACCAGUAUAAUACGUGAGUCUAUACUACAUAUACAUCCACCCCGUAUAAUACGUGAUCUAUACUAAUAUACAUCCACCAGUAUAAUACGUUUAGUCUAUACUACAUAUACAUCCACCAGUAUAUACGUGAGUCUAUACUACCCUAUACAUCCACCAGUACAAUACGUGAGUCUAUACUAUAUACAUCCACCAGUACAAUACGGAGUCUAUACUACAUAUACAUCCACCAGAUAAUACGUGAGUCUAUACUACAUAUACAUCCAACCAGUAUAAAAACGUGAGUCUAUACUACAUAUACAAACCCCCAGUAUAAUACGUGAGUCUGUACUACAUAUACAUCCACAGUACAAUACGUGAGUCUGUACACAUAUAAUCCACCAGUAUAAUACGUGAGUCUAUACUACAUAUGCAUCCACCAGUAUAAUACGUGAGUCUGUACUAAUAUGCAUCCCCAGUACAAUACGUGAGUCUGUUUCUACAUAUACAUCCACCAGUAAUACGUGAGUCUGUACUACAUAUACAUCCACCCGUAUAAUACGUGAGUCUAUACUACAUAUACAUCCACCAGUAUAAAAGUGAGUCUAUACUACAUAUACAUCCACCCGUUUUAAUACGUGGGGUCUAUACUAACAUAUACAUCCACCAGUAUAAUACGUGAGUCUAUACUACAUAUACAUCCACCAGUAUAAUACGUGAGUCUAUACUACAUAUACAUCCACCAGUAUAAUACGUGAGUCUAUACUACAUAUACAUCCACCAGUAUAAUACGUGAGUCUAUACUACAUAACAUCCACCAGUAAAUACGUGAGUCUAUACUACAUAUAAAAUCCACCAGUAUAAUAACGUGAGUCUGUACUACAUAUACAUCCACCAGUACAAUACGUGAGUCUGUACUACAUAUACAUCCACCAGUACAAUACGUGAGUCUAUACUACAUAUACAUCCACCAGUACAAUACGUGAGUCUAUACUACAUAUACAUCCACCAGUACAAUACGUGAGUCUGUACUACAUAUACAUCCACCAGUACAAUACGUGAGUCUGUACUACAUAUACAUCCACCAGUAUAAUACGUGAGUCUGUACUACAUAUACAUCCACCAGUAUAAUACGUGAGUCUGUACUACAUAUACAUCCACCAGUACAACUUGAGUCCUAUACUACAUAUACAUCCACCAGUACAAUAUGUGAGUCUGUACUACUAUACAUCCCAGUUUUAAUACGGAGUCUGUACUACAUAUACAUCCACCAGUAUAAUACGUGAGUCUGUACUACAUAUACAUCCACCAGUACAAUACGUGAGUCUAUACUACAUAUACAACCACCAAUAUAAUACGUGAGUCUGUACUACAUAUCCAUCCACCAGUACAAUACGUGAGUCUGUACUACAUAUACAUCCACCAGUACAAUACGUGAGUCUGUACUACAUAUACAUCCACCAGUACAAUACGUGAGUCUCCACUACAUAUACAUCCACCAGUAUAAUACGUGAGUCUAUACUACAUAUACAUCCACCAGUACAAUACGUGAGUCUAUACUACAUAUACAUCCACCAGUAUAAUACGUGAGUCUUACUACAUAUACAUCCACCAGUAUAAUACGUGAGUCUGUACACAUAAUCCCCAGUAUAAUACGUGAGUCUGUACUAAUAACAUCCACCAGUACAAUACGUGAGUCUGUAUAAUAUACAUCCACCAGUAUAAUACGUGAGUCUGUACUACAUAUACAUCCACCAGUAUAAUACGUGAGUCUGUAUACAUAUACAUCCACCAGUAAAAAUCCCUGAGUCUGUACUACAUAACAUCCACCAGUAUAAUACGUGACUCUCCACUACAUACAUCCACCAGUAUAAUACGUGAGUCUGUACUACAUAUACAUCCACCAGUAUAAUACGUGAGUCUGUACUACAUAUACAUCCACCAGUAUAAUACGUGAGUCUAUACUACAUAUACAUCCACCAGUAUAAUACGUGAGUCUAUACUACAUAUACAUCCACCAGUACAAUACGUGAGUCUAUACUACAUAUACAUCCACCAGUAUAAAGUGAGUCUAACUAAUAUACACCCCCAGAUAAUACGGAGUCUGUACUACAUAUACAUCCACCAGUAUAAACGUAGUCUAUACUACAUAUACAUCCACCCGUAUAAAACGUGAGUCUAUACUACAUAUACAUCCACCAGUAUAAUACGUGAGUCUAUACUACAUAUACAUCCACAGUAUAAUACGUGAGUAUAUACUACAUAUACAUCCACCAGUAUAAUACGUGAGUCUAUACUACAUAUACAUCCACCAGUACAAUACGUGAGUCUAUACUACAUAUACAUCCACCAGUAUAAUACGUGAGUCUGUACUACAUAUACAUCCACCAGUACAAUACGUGAGUCUGUACUACAUAUACAUCCACCAGUACAAUACGUGAGUCUAUACUACAUAUACAUCCACCAGUACAAUACGUGAGUCUAUACUACUAUAAUCCAAACCCGUACAAUACGUGAGUCUGUACUACAUAUACAUCCACCAGUACCAAUACGUGGGGUCUGUACUACAUAUACAUCCACCAGUACAAUACGUGAGUCUGUAAAUACUAUACAUCCACCAGUAUAAAACGUGAGUCUGUACUACAUAACAUCCACCCGUAUAAUACGGAGUCUGUACUACAUAUACAUCCACCGACAAUACGUGAGUCUGUACUACAUAUACAUCCACCAGUACAAUACGUGAGUCUGUACUACAUAUACAUCCACCAGUAUAAUACGUGAGUCUGUACUACAUAUACAUCCACCAGUAUAAUACGUGAGUCUGUACUACAUAUACAUCCACCAGUACAAUACGUGAGUCUAUUACAUAAUACACCCCGUAUAAUACGUGAGUCUGUACUACAUAUCCAUCCACCAGUACAAUACGUGAGUCGUACUACAUAUACAUCCACCAGUACAAUCUGAGUCUGUAAUACAUAUACAUCCACCAGUACAAUACGUGAGUCUCCACUACAUAAAUCCACCAGUAUAAUACGUGAGUCUAUACUACAUAUCAUCCCCCAGUACAAUACGGAGUUAUACUACAUAUACAUCCACCAGUAUAUACGUGAGUCUUUUACUACAUAUAAAUCCACCAGUAUAAUACGUGAGUCUGUAUACAUAUACAUCCCCCAGUAAAACGUGGAGUCUGUACUACAUAUACAUCCACCAGUACAAUAAGUGAGUCUGACUACAUAUACAUCCACCAGUAUAAUACGUGAGUCUGUACUACAUAUACAUCCACCAGUACAAUACGUGAGUCUGUACUACAUAUACAUCCACCAGUACAAUACGUGAGUCUGUACUACAUAUACAUCCACCAGUAUAAUACGUGACCUCCACUACAUAUACAUCCACCAGUAUAAUACGUGAGUCUGUAUACAAUACAUCCACCAGUAUAAAACGUGAGUCUAUACUACAUAUACAUCCACCGUAUAAUACGUGAGUCUAUACUACAUUUUACAUCCACCCCUUUCAAUACGUGAGUCUAUACUACAUAUACAUCCACCAGUAUAAUACGUGAGUCUAUACUACAUAUCAUCCACCAGUAUAAUACGUGAGUCUGACUACAUAUACAUCCACCAGUUAUAAUACGUGAGUUAUACUACUAUGCAUCCACCAGUAAUACGUGAGUCUGUUUCUACAUAUACAUCCACCAUUACAAUACGUGGUCUAUACUACAUAUACAUCCACCAGUGUAAUACGUGGGGUUUUACUACAUAUACAUCCACCAGUACAAUACGUGAGUCUAUACUACUAUACAUCCACCAGUAUAAUACGUGAGUUUUGUUCUACAUAUACAUCCACCAGUAUAAUAGUGAGUCUGUACUACAUAUACAUCCACCAGUAUAAUACGUGAGUCUAUACUACAUAUACAUCCACCGUACAAUACGUGAGUCUGUACUACAUAUACAUCCACCAGUAUAAAACGUGAAAUCUAUAUACAUAUUUCAUCCACCAGUAUAAUACGGGAGUCUGUACUACAAACAUCCACCAGUAUAAUACGUGAGUCUGGGACUACAUAUACAUCCCCCAGUAUAAUACGUGAGUCUAUACUACAUAUACAUCCACCAGUAUAAUAGUGAGUCUAUACUACUAACAUCCACCAGAUAAUACGUGAGUCUAUAUACAAUACAUCCACCAGUAUAAUACGUGAGUCUGUACACAAUACAUCCACCAGUACAAUACGUGAGUCUGUAUAAUAUACAUCCACCAGUAUAAUACGGAGUCUAACUACAUAACAUCCACAGUAUAAUAGUGAGUCUGGACUACAUAUACAUCCACCAGUAUAAUACGUGAGUCUGUUUCUACAUAUACAUCCACCCGUAUAAUACGUGAGUCUAUACUACAUAACAUCCACCAGUACAAUACGUGAGUCUGUAUACAUUAUACAUCCCCCAGUAUAAUAGUGGGGUCUAUACUACAUAUACAUCCACCAGUAUAAUACUUGAGUCUGUCUAACAUAUACAUCCACCAGUACAAUACGUGAGUCUAUAAUACAGUGCAUUCGGAAACUAUUCAGAUCCCUUGACUUUUUUCCCCAUUUUGUUACGUUACAGCUUUUUCUAAAAUUGAUUUCAUUUUUUUUCCCCCUCAUCAAUCUACACCACAAUACCCCAUAAUGACAAAGCGAAAACAGUUUUUUAGAGAUUUUGGGGAAAAUGUAAAACAAAAAUAUGACAUUUACAGAAGUAUUCAGACCUUUACUCAGUACUUUGUUGAAGCACCUUUGGCAGCGAUUUCAGCCUCGAGUUUCUUGGGUAUGACGCUACAAGCUGGCCACCUGUAUUGGGGAGUUUCUCCCAUUCUUCUCUGCUGAUCCUCUCAAGCUCUGUCAGGUUGGAUGGGGGGAACGUCGUGCAAAAGCAUUUUCAGGUUCUCCAGAGAUGUUAGAUCGGGUUUAAGUAGAUCAAAUCAAAAGUUAUUUUUACAUACACGGUUUAGCAAAGUUAGAGGGGGUAGUGAAAAUUUCUUGUGCUUCAGCUCCGACGUGCAGUUUAAAUCUAACAAGUCAUAUCUAACAAUUUUACAAACAUAUACCCAAUACACACAAAAAUAGUAAGGAAUGGAAUUUAAGAAAUAUACAUUUUAAAAGGACGAGCAAUGACAGAGCGGCAUGGACUAAGAUACAGUAGAAUAUUAUAGAAUAGAAUGCAAAUAUAUAAUAUGAGAGAGUAGUGCAAAGAUAUGGAAACAUUAAUAAAGUGACUAGUGUUCCAUUUUUAAAGUGGCCAGUGAUUUCAAUAGGCAGCAGCAGCCUCUAAUGUGCUAGUGUUGGCUAAAUUUUAAAAGUUGAUGGCCUUGAGAUAGAAGCAGUUUCCAGUCUCUCGGUCCCAGCUUUGAUGCACCUGUACUGACCUCGCCUUCUGGAUGAUAGCGGGCUCUGGCUGGGCCACUCAAGGAGAUCGGGCGGCAGGUAGCUUAGUGGGUAAGAGCAUUGUGCCAGUAACCGAAAGGUCGCUGGUUCUAAUCCCCGAGCCGACUAGGUGAAAAAUCUGUUGAUGUGCCCUUAAGCAAGGCACUUAACCCUAAUUGCUCCUGUAAGUCGCUCUGGAUAAGAGCGUCUGCUAAAUGACUAAAAUGUAAAUGUAAUUCAGAGACUUGUCCCGAAGCCACUCCUGAGUUGUCUUGAGAUGCACUCUGAGUGGUAGAGCAGUAAUGUUAUUGAAGGAACAUAACGAUGUGCUCUGAGAUGUACUCUGAGUGAUAGAGCAGUAAUGUUAUUGAAGGAACAUAACGAUGUGCUCUGAGAUGCACUCUGAGUGGUAGAGCAGUAAUGUUAUUGAAGGAACAUAACGAUGUGCUCUGAGAUGCACUCUGAGUGAUAGAGCAGUAAUGUAAUUGAAGGAACAUAACGAUGUGCUCUGAGAUGCACUCUGAGUGAUAGAGCAUAAUGUUAUUGAAGGAACAUAACGAUGUGCUCUGAGAUGCACUCUGAGUGAUAGAGCAGUAAUGUUUAUUGAAGGAACAUAACGAUGUGCUCUGAGAUGCACUCUGAGUGGUAGAGCAUAAUGUUAUUGAGACAUAACGAUGUGUCUGAGAUACUCUUGGUAGAGACAGUAAGUUAUAAAGGACAUAACAUGGCCAGAUCACUUAUGUGGGAGUAUGUUUUGACCAUUACGUUCUCUGAGAUGAUCUCUCAGUUGUCAGAGAGUAUGUGAUUGAGGAACAACAUUUGUCUCUGAGAUGUAGAUCGGGUCAAGAGUCAGUAAUGUUAUUGAAAACUACACGUGUUUAAGCACCUGUUGAUAGAGCGUGUUAUUGAAGGAAAUAACGAUGUGCUCUGAGAUCGACGUGAGUGGUAAGAUAGCAAGUUAUUGAAGAACACAACAUGUACCAUAGAUGCACCUAGUGUAAGGCAGGAAUUUAAUGAAGGAAACAUAACAUGGUCGAGCAUGACUAGAGCGGUAUGGAGUAAGUAGUAGAAGAAUAACGAUGAUGCAGAUCACUCUGAUAUAGAGAGAUGUAUUGAAGGGAAACAUUAAUAGAUGACUUAGUGGUUCCAUGUUAUUGAAAAGUGGCCAUGAUUUCAACUGAGUGAAGCAGCAGUACUGUAUUGAGACUAGUUGGUUUAAUUCACCGAGUUGAUGGCCGUUGAGAUAGAACAUAACGAGUGCUCUCGGUGCCACUUGAGUGUAUGACCCGCCGUAAUGUUGAAGAUAGCGGUGCUCUGGAUGCCUUGGUGUGACGUAAGUAUUGGGACAUAGCUUAUGGUUAAGAGCCUGAGUGCCGUAACAGAAAGAGGUACGAUGUGUCUAGAUCACUCGAGUGAGAGCAGUGUUAUGAAAAAAUUGCUCUGGUGUGAUUGGUGGCAGUUAAGUAAGAUAACAUACAUGUGCUCUGAGAUGCCUCUGUGAUAGAGCGUCUGUUAUGAGACAUAAAUUGUUAAUGACUUCUGAGGGAGCGUUGUCCGAAGAACCAUACGAUGUGUCUGAGAUGCACUCUGAGUGGUAGAGCAGUAAUUUAUUGAAGGAACAUAACGAUGUGCUCUGAGAUGCACUCUGAGUGGUAGAGCAGUAAUGUUAUUGAAGGAACAUAACGAUGUGCUCUGAGAUGCACUCUGAGUGGUAGAGCAGUAAUGUUAUUGAAGGAACAUAACGAUGUGCUCUGAGAUGCACUCUGAGUGGUAGAGCAGUAAUGUUAUUGAAGGAACAUAACGAUGUGCUCUGAGAUGCACUCUGAGUGGUAGAGCAGUAAUGUUAUUGAAGGAACAUAACGAUGUGCUCUGAGAUGACUCUGAGUGGUAGAGCAGUAAUGUUAUUGAAGGAACAUAACGAUGUGCUCUGAGAUGCACUCUGAGUGGUAGAGCAGUAAUGUUAUUGAAGGAACAUAACGAUGUGCUCUGAGAUGCAUCUGAGUGGUAGAGGCAGUAAUGUUAUUGAAGGACAUAACGAUGUGCUCUGAGAAUGCACUUGAGUGGUAGAGCAGUAAUGUUAUUGAAGGAACAUAACGAUGUGCUCUGAGAUGCAUCCUGAGUGUAGAGCAGUAAUGUUAUUGAAGGAACAUAACGAUGUGCUUGGAGAUGCACUCUGAGUGGUAGAGCAGGUAAUGUUAUUGAAGGAACAUAACGAUGUGCUCUGAGAUGCAUCUGAGUGGUAGAGCAGUAAUGUUAUUGAAGGAACAUAACGAUGUGCUCUGAGAUGCACUCUGAGUGGUAGAGCAGUAAUGUUUAUUGAAGGAACAUAACGAUGUGCUCUGAGAUGCACUAUGAGUGGUAGAGCAGUAUGUUAUUGAAGGAACAUAACGAUGUGCUCUGAGAUGCACUCUGAGUGGUAGAGCAGUAAUGUUAUUGAAGGGAAACCAUAACGAUGUGCUCUGAGAUGCACUCUGAGUGGUAGAGCAGUAAUGUUAUUGAAGGAACAUAACGAUGUGCUCUGAGAUGCACUCUGAGUGGUAGAGCAGUAUGUUAUUGAAGGAACAUAACGAUGUGCUCUGAGAUGCACUCUGAGGGGUAGAGCAGUAUGUUAUUGAAGGAACAUAACGAUGUGCUCUGAGAUGCACUCUGAGUGAUAGAGCAGUAAUGUUAUUGAAGGAACAUAACGAUGUGCUCUGAGAUGCACUCUGAGUGGUAGAGCAGUAAUGUUAUUGAAGGAACAUAACGAUGUGCUCUGAGAUGCACUCUGAGUGGUAGAGCAGUAAUGUUAUUGAAGGAACAUAACGAUGUGCUCUGAGAUGCACUCUGAGUGGUAGAGCAGUAAUGUUAUUGAAGGAACAUAACGAUGUGCUCUGAGAUUGCACUCUGAGUGGCUAGAGCAGUAAGUAUUUAUUGAAGGCAACUAACGAUGUGCUCUGAGAUGCACUCUGAGUGGUAGCAGAGCAGUAUAUGUUAUUUGAAGGAAACAUAACGAUGUGCUCUGAGAUGCACUCUGAGUGGUAGAGCAGUUAAUGUUUUAUUGAAGGGAACAUAACGAUGUGCUCUGAGAUUUGCACUCUGGUGGUUAGAGCAAGUAAUGUUAUUGAAGGAACAUAACGAUGUGCUCUGAGAUGACCCUCUGAGUGGGUUUAGAGCAGUAAUGUUUAUUGAAGGAACAUAACGAUGUGCUCUGAGAUGCACUCUGACAGGGUAGAGCAGGUAUGUUAUGGAAGGGAACAUAACGAUGUGCUCUGAGAUGCACUCUGAGUGGUUAGAGCAGUAAUGUUAUUGAAGGAACAUAACGAUGUGCUCUGAGAUGCACUCUGAGUGGUAGAGCAGUAAUGUGUAUUGAAGGAACAUAACGAUGUGCUCUGAGAUGCACUCUGAGUGGUUAGAGCAGUAAUGUUAUUGAAGGAACAUAACGAUGUGCUCUGAGAUUGCACUCUGAGUGGUAGAGCAGUAAUGUUAUUGAAGGAACAUAACGAUGUGCUCUGAGAUGCACUCUGAGUGGUAGAGCAGUAAUGUUAUUGAAGGAACAUAACGAUGUGCUCUGAGAUGCACUCUGAGUGAUAGAGCAGUAAUGUUAUUGAAGGAACAUAACGAUGUGCUCUGAGAUGCACUCUGAGUGGUAGAGCAGUAAUGUUAUUGAAGGAACAUAACGAUGUGCUCUGAGAUGCACUCUGAGUGGUAGAGCAGUAAUGUUAUUGAAGGAACAUAACGAUGUGCUCUGAGAUGCACUCUGAGUGGUAGAGCAGUAAUGUGCACUUGAGGUGUAGGGCUUUAUCGGUAUUUAAAGCGCGCACUUCCGGGUUUUUCCGAUCACGAGUAAAUCCGAUUGAGUAUCAAGUGUGAUAAAACGGAUUAGGAGCACGGGUAUGAGGAGAUCGGCACACCUCUACUUUUUACUGUGUCUUUGUCUGUCUGUUCUUCAUGUGAAGAACACAACACUGUUGUUCUAGUAAUAAUUAUCACAAUAAUAUACUGAACUACAAUAGAAAAGGCAACAUGUGUUUCAUGACCUGAAAUUAAAGAUCCCGGACAUUUUCCAUACGCACAAAAAGCUUAUUUCUCUCCAAAUGUUGUGCACAAAUUUGUUUACAUCCCUGUUAGUGAUCAUUUCUCCUUCGCCAAGAUAAUCCAUCCACCUGACAGGUGUGGCAUAUCAAGAAGCUGAGGGAGCGUGCAACUGGAAUGCCGAUUGCAGGAAUGUCCAACUGAGCUGUUGCCAGAGAAUUAAUGUUCAUUUCUCUACCAUUAGCCGCCUCCAACGUCGUUUUAGAGAAUUUGGCAGUACGUCCAACCGGCCUCACAACCGCAGACCACGUGUAACCACGCCAGCCCAGGACCUCCACAUCCGGGCUUCUUCACCUGUGGGAUCGUCGGGGGAGGGGGAUUUCUGAGGAGUAUUUCUGUCUGUAAUAAAGCCCUUUUGUGGGGGAAAAAUUAAUUCUGAGUGGCUGGGCCUGGCUCCCCAGUGGGUGGGCCUAUGCCCACCCAUGGCCGCGCCCCUGCCCAGUCAGGGCCUAAUUUAUUUAUUUCAAUUGACUGAUUUCCUUCUAUGAACUGUAACUCAGUAAAAUCUUUGAAAUUGUUUACAUUUUUGUUCAGUGUAGUAAUUCAAAACAAAACCUCUUGAUAACCUCAGACGAGCUGCAUGUAGCCUAGCGGUUAGAGUGUUGGGCCAGUAACCUAAAGGUCGCUAGUUCUAAUCCCCGAGCCAACAAGGUGAAAAAUCUGCCGACGUGCCCUUGAGCAAGGCACUUAACCAUAAUUGCUCCAGGACUCUGGCCGUAAACCCCCUAUCCGAGGGUGGCUCAGAGGGAGUUUGGAUAUGCAAAAAAAAAAAAAAAACAUUUCAAUUUCACACAUGGUAUUAAUGUUGUAAAACAAGUAUAAAGCAGCCCACCAUACAACCAGAGUGAUUCAAUUUCUCUGUAAACUGCAGAUCCUCCUCUGUCCACAGGGAGAAUAGAGGCCGUCACCCCUUAAACCUCUGACCUCUCUCCCCUAGGGCGACGCUCUUUCAGGAGCUGUUUGUCCCUCCGGCGGUGGCAGUAUCCCGGUCCACAAAACCAGGGAGCUUCCUGUACGAGGGCCGCGUCGCCCUGCAGCUUGAGACCCAACCGCCAGGGCCCAGGACCUUCCACACGGACCUCCAGAGGGAACAAUCCCAUCAUGGCCUGCUCAGCAGGGAGUCCGUGGCUACACGGUGGGGGGCUCAUCCUUUCGAAAGACCGUACGUCCUUAUUAUUCAACAUCCAUUCUGGAAAUUGUAUUUACCACUGACAUAGAAAACAACAUGGAAAGUAUUGGGUUCCAUGGUCCAUGAGCUGAAAUUACAAGAUCCCAGACAUCUUCCGUAAAGCACAAAAAGCUUAUGUUUCCUCACAUUUUGGGCACAAAUGUGUUUCCAGUAUCGUCCCUUGUUAGUGAGCAAUGGUGUUUUACAGUACGUUCCCUGGUGGGUGAGAAAUUUUUUACAUAGUCCCUGUUGGUAGCAAUUUUUUCCCCCGUACCCCCUGUUGGUGACAAUGGGUUUGUACCCCCUGUUAGUGAGCAAGUUUUUUAGUACGUCCCUUUUGAGAAAUGUUUUUAAGUACCCCCUUUUAGUAGCAAUGUUUUCCAGUACUCCCUUUUGGUGAAAAUGUUUUUCCAGUCGCCCCUGUUAGUGAAAAUUUUUUCCCCAGUCCCCCUGUGGGAGCAAUGUGUUUCCAUUACGUCCCUGUUAGGAGCAAUGUUUUUUCAGUCUCCCGUGGGGGCUGUUUUUACAGUACCCUUUUUAUAGCAAUGUGUUCAGUACGCCCCUGUUAGUGACAUGUGUUUCCAUACGUCCCCGUUGGUGAGCAAUGGUUUUUACGUACGUCCCUGUUGGUGAGAAAUGUUUCAGUCGUCCCUGUUGGUGAGAAGGGUUUUUUCGUACGUCGUUUGAGCAAUUUUUUCCAGUACUCCCUUUUGGAGCAUGGUUUUCCAACGCCCUGUUAGUGAGAAAUUUUUCCGUACGCCCCUGUUAGGGGCCCAAAGUUUUAAGUAGCCCUUUUGGUGACUGUGUUCCAGACGUCCCUUUUGGGAGCAAUGGUUUUCCAGUACGCCCCUGUUUAGCAAUUUUUUCCAUACGCCCCUUUUGUGGAAAUGUGUUUACAGUACGCCCCUUUUUUGGGGACAAUUGUUUCCGUACGUCCCUUUUGUGGCAAUGUGUUUCCAGUAGUCCUUUUAGUGGCAAUUUUUUUCCAUACGCCCCGUUGGGCAAUGGUUUCCGAGUCCUGUUGGUUUAGAAAGGUUUCCAGUACCCCCUGUUAGUGAGCAAGUUUUUCCGUACGCCCCUGUUUUUGGAAAUUUGUUUACGUACGUCCCUUUUAGGAGCAAGUUUUUUCCAGUAGUCCCUGUUAGUGGAAAGUGUUUUCCAGUACGCCCCUUUUUUGGUGAGCAAUGUGUUUACAGUCGCCCCGUUGGUAGAAAUUUUUUUACAGUCGUCCCUUUGGGAGCAAUGUUUUCAGUCGUCCCUGUUUUUUUGAGCAAGGGUUUUUACUACGCCCUGUUAGUGACAAUGUGUUUACAGUACCCCCUUUUAGUGAGAAAUGUGUUUACAGUCCCCCUGUUAGGAGCAAUGUUUUCCUAGCCCUUGGUGACAAGUGUUUCCAUACGCCCUUUUUAGUGAGCAAUGUGUUUCCAGUACGUCCCUGUUAGUGAGCAUUUCUCCUUUGCCAAGAUAAUUGACCUGACUACAGUUCGGUGUCGUACCCGACUUCUGUGGGCAAAUGCUCACCUUCGAUGGCCACUGGCAUGCUGGAGAAGUGUGGCUCUUCACGGAUGAAUUCCCGGUUUCAACUGUAACCGGGCAGAUGGCAGACAGCGUGUAUGUGUGUUGUGUGGGCGAGCAGCUGGCUGAUGUCAACGUUGUGAACAGAGUUCCCCAUGGUGGCGGUGGGGUUAUGGUAUGGUCAGGCAUAAGCUACGGACAACGAACACAGUUGCAAUUUAUCGAUGGAAAUUUGAAUGCAUAGAGAUACCGUGACUACAUCCACCACCAACACCUCAUGUUUCAGCAUGAUAACGCACGGCUCCAUGUCGCAAGGAUCUGGACACAAUUCCCGGAAGCUGAAAAUGUCCCAGUUCUUCCAUGGCCCUGCCAUACUCACCAGACAUGUCACCCCAUUGAGCAUGUUUGGGAUGCUCUGGAUCAACGUCUACGACAGCAUGUUCCAGUUCCUGCCAAUAUCCAGCAACUUCGCACAGCCAUUGAAGAGGAGUGGGACAACAUUCAACAGGCCACAAUCAACAGCCUGAUCAACUCUAUGGGAAGGAGAUGUGUCGCGCUGCAUGAGACAAAUGGUGGUCACACCAGAUACUGACUGGCUUCUGAUCCACGCCCCUACCUUUUUUUAAGGUAUCUGAUUAGGAUAUAAAGGGCCUGUCUCCAAGAGGAUGGUGUUUACAGAACAUUUGGUACCAUCUGAUUAGGAUAUAAAGGGCCUGUCUCCAAGAGGCUGGUGUUUACAGAACAUUUGGUACCAUCUGAUUAGGAUAUAAAGGGCCUGUCUCCAAGAGGAUGGUGUUUACGAACUUUGUCCCACUGAUUAGGAUAUAAAGGGCCUUUCCAAAGGGGAGGUGUUUCAAAAAUUUUGGGUACCAUUAUUGGAUAAAAAGGCCCUUUCCCCAAAGGGGUUUUGGUGUUUAAAAACAUUUGGUACCAUUUUUAGGAUUAAAGGGUUCUCCAAGAGGUUGGUGUUUAAGAACUUUUGUACCUUUGUUUAGGAUAUAAGGGCCUUCUCCAAAGGAUGGUGUUUACAAAACAUUUGGUACCAUCGUUUAGGUUAAAGGGCCUUCCCCAAGGGGUUUGGGGUUUUCCCCAAACUUUUGGUACCAUCUGAUUAGGAAUAAAGGGCCUUUCCCCAAGGGCUGGUGUUUAAAAACAUUUGGUACCAUCUGAUUAGGAUAUAAGGGGCCUGUUCCAAAGGCUUUUUUUUUAAAACAUUUGGUACCAUCUGAUUAGGAAAAAAAAGGGGCCCUUCCCCAAGAGAUGUGUUACAAAAAAUUUGGUACCAUCAUUGGAUGUAAGGGCCUGUCUCCAAGAGGAUGGUUUUUACAGAACUUUGGUACCUCUGAUUGGAUAAAAAAGGGCCUUCUCCAAGAGGAUGGUGUUUACAGAAAUUUGGUACCAUCUGAUUAGGAUAAAAAAGGGGCCGUCUCCAAGAGGAUGGUUUUUACAGAACUUUUGGUACCAUCUGAUUAGGAUUAAGGGCCUGUCCCCAAGAGGUUGGGUUUUUACAGAACUUUUGGGGUACAUUUUACAUUUUUUACAUUUAGUCAUUUAGCAGACGCUUUUAUCCAAGCGAUUUACAGUUAGUGAAUACUUUUUUUUUUUUUUUUUUUUUUUUUAUAUGGCCCCCUGGGAAAAACCCAAAAACCCGGGUGUUGAAAACACAUGCCAUAAACGGAGCUACAUCCCUCCCGGGCCUUUUCCCUCCCCUACCCGGACACGCUGGCCUUUUGUGCGCCGCCCUGAUCUCCCCGGUCGCGGCCGGGGUGCGAAAGCCUGGUUCGACCAGAUCUCUAGUGGGACAUUUCACGCGAUGCAGUGCCUUAACCAUGCGCCACUCAGGGGUUGGUACCCCUCUGAUUAGGAUUUAAGGGCCUGUCCCAAAAGGAGGUGUUUUAGAACUUUUUUCCAUUGAUUUGGAUAUAAAAGGGGUGUUUCCAAAGGUUUUGGUGUUUACAAAAAUUUGGGCCAUCUGAUUAGGAUAUAAAGGGCCUGUCUCCAAGAGGUUGGGGUUUACAAACUUGGUACCAUCUGUAGGUUAAAGGGGCCUGUCUCCAAGAGGAUGGGGUUUACAGAAAUUUUUUGGGACCCGUUGGGUUAAAGGGCCUGUCUCCAAGGGUUUGGGGUUUACAGAACAUUUUUGGUUACCAUUUAUUAGGAUAUAAAGGGCCGCUCCAAGGGUUGUGUUACAGAACAUUUGGUCCAUCUGAUUAGGAAAUAAAAGGGGCCGUCUCCCAAGGUUGGGGUUUACGAAAUUUGGUACCAUCUUUUUAGGGGUAUAAAGGGCCUGUCUCCAAGGAUGGUGUUUUCGAACAUUUUGGGACCAUUUUUAGGUAUAAAGGGCCCGCCCAAAAGGGGCCCUGGUAGUUUCUUUGUUUUUGGGCCCGGAAGUGUUAAAACCCCGUCUAUCUGUCUGUUUUUUUAACACCAUCGUCCCGUUGUUACCCCGUCAUCUGUUGUUUAAAUCCGUCAUCUUCUGUUUUAACCUCCGCUGUCUGUUGUUAAACCCCAGUCUGUCUGUUGUUUAACCCAGUCUGUCUGUUGUUAAAACCAGUUCUAUCUGUCUGUGCAACCUCACUUCUGUUUAACCUCAGUCUGUCUGUGCUAACCUCAUCUGUCGUUCUAACCUCAGUCUGUCGUUCAACCUCACUGCGUUUUAACCUCUCGUUGUUGCAAAAUAGCGUCUGUUUUAACCUCAUCUCUGUUUCAACCUCAGUCGAUAUCUGCUGUUGUUUUAAAUCAGUCUAUUCUGUCUGUUUUUUUAACCCAGUCUCUAUUGUCUGUUGUUAACCUCAGUCUGUCUGUUGUUAACCUCAGUCUAUAUCUGUCUGUUGUUAACCUCAGUCUAUAUCUGUCUGUUGUUAACCUCAGUCUCUAUCUGUCUGUUGUUAACCUCAGUCUGUCUGUUGCUAACCUCAGUCUGUUGCUAACCUCAGUCUCUAUCUGUCUGUUGUUAACCUCAGUCUAUAUCUGUCUGUUGUUAACCUCAGUCUGUCUGUUGUUAACCUCAGUCUCUAUCUGUCUGUUGUUAACCUCAGUCUGUCUGUUGUUAACCUCAGUCUAUAUCUGUCUGUUGUUAACCUCAGUCUAUAUCUGUCUGUUGUUAACCUCCGUCUGUCUGUUGUUAACCUCUCUGUCUGUUGUUAACCUCAGUCUGUCUGUUGUUAACCUCAGUCUGUCUGUUGUUAACCUCAGUCUAUAUCUAUCUGUUGUUAACCUCAGUAUGUCUGUUGCUAACCUCAGUCUCUCUGUCUGUUGCUAACCUCAGUCUCUAUCUGUCUGUUGCUAACCUCAGUCUCUGUCUGUUGUUAACCUCUCUGUCUAUUGUUAACCUCUCUGUCUGUUGUUAACCUCAGUCUGUCUGUUGUUAACCUCAGUCUGUCUGUUGUUAACCUCAGUCUGUCUGUUGUUAACCUCAGUCUGUCUGUUGUUAACCUCAGUCUGUCUGUUGUUAAUCUCAGUCUCUGUCUGUUGUUAAUCUCAGUCUCUCUCUGUCUGUUGUUAACCUCAGUCUCUAUCUGUCUGUUGUUAACCUCAGUAUGUCUGUUGCUAACCUCAGUCUCUCUGUCUGUUGCUAACCUCAGUCUCUAUCUGUCUGUUGCUAACCUCAGUCUCUGUCUGUUGUUAACCUCAGUCUCUGUCUGUUGUUAACCUCAGUCUGUCUGUUGUUAACCUCAGUCUGUCUGUUGUUAACCUCAGUCUGUCUGUUGUUAAUCUCAGUCUCUCUCUGUCUGUUGUUAACCUCAGUAUGUAUGUUGUUAACCUCUGUCUCUGUCUGUUGCUAACCUCAGUCUCUAUCUGUUGUGCUAACCUCAGUGCUGUCUGUUGCUACCUCGUCUGCUGGUAACCUCAGUCUGUCUUUGUUAACCUCUCUGUUGUUUUUUUUUUAACCCCCCGUCUGUCUGUUUUUAAUCUCAUCGUCUGUUUCAAAACCUCAGUCUGUCCGUUGUUAACCUCAUUUUGUCUGUUGCUAACCUCGCGUUUUGUUAACCUCAGUCUGUCUGUUGUUAAACCCCAUUUUCUGUUUUUUAAUCCAGUUCUCUUUUCACUCCCUAGGUUUCCCCCCAAAAUCCAGCCCCGCUACGACCUUGACUGGAUGCCAGCUAUCCAAGGUAACUAUAUGUUUUUGUUUUUUCCAGUAUUGAAGGGGAACUUAAUGUUAUGUUAUGCCACUAUGCCCCAAGGGGGAACUAUAUUUAUUUAUGCCGCAUCCAAGGGAACUAUAUGUUAGUUUGCCCGCAUCCCAAAGGGAACUUAUGUUAGUUAUGCCCUAGCCAAGGGAACUAAUGUUUUGUUUUGCCACUAUCCAAGGGAACUAUAUGUUUGUUAUCCCCUAUGCCAGGUAACUAUAUGUUAGUUAUGCCAGCUAUGCCAAGGUAACUAUAUGUUAUGUUAUGCCAGCUAUGCCAAGGUAACUAUAUGUUAUGUUAUGCCAGCUAUGCCAAGGUAACUAUAUGUUAUGUUAUGCCAGCUAUGCCAAGGUAACUAUAUGUUAUGUUAUUGCCAGCUAUGCCAAGGUAACUAAAGUGGGGAAAAAAAAGUAUUUAGUCAGCCACCAAUUGUGCAAGUUCUCCCACUUAAAAGAUGAGAGAGGCCUGUCAUUUUCAUCAUAGGUACACGUCACUAUGACAGACAAUUUAGGAAAAAAAAAUCCAGAAAAUCAACAUUGUAGGAUUUUUAAUGAAUUUAUUUGCAAAUUAUGUGGAAAUAGUAUUUGGUCACCUACAACACAAGCAGAAUUCUGGCUCUCACAGACCUGUAACUUCUUCUUUAAGAGGCUCCUCUGUCCUCCACUCGGUAUCUGUAUUAAUGGCACCUGUUUGAACUUGUUAUCAGUAUAAAAGACACCUGUCCACAACCUCAAACAGUCACACUCCAAACUCCACUAUGGCCAAGACCAAAGAGCUGUCAAAGGACACCAGAAACAAAAUUGUAGACCAGCACCAGGCUGGGAAGACUGAAUCUGCAAUAGGUAAGCAGCUUGGUUUGAAGAAAUCAACUGUGGGAGCAAUUAUUAGGAAAUGGAAGACAUACAAGACCACUGAUAAUCUCCCUCGAUCUGGGGCUCCACGCAAGAUCUCACCCCGUGGGGUCAAAAUGAUCACAAGAACGGUGAGCAAAAAUCCCAGAACCCACACGGGGGACCUCGUGAAUGACCUGCAGAGAGCUGGGACCAAAGUAACAAAGCCUACCAUCAGUAACACACUACGCCGCCAGGGACUCAAAUCCUGCAGUGCCAGACGUGUCCCCCUGCUUAAGCCAGUACAUGUCCAGGCCCGUCUGAAGUUUGCUAGAGUGCAUUUGGAUGAUCCAGAAGAGGAUUGGGGAGAAUGUCAUAUGGUCAGAUGAAACCAAAAUAUAACUUUUUGGUAAAAACUCAACUCGUUGUGUUUGGAGGACAAAGAAUACUGAGUUGCAUCCAAAGAACACCAUACCUACUGUGAAGCAUGGGGGUGGAAACAUCAUGCUUUGGGGCUGUUUUUCUGCAAAGGGACCAGGACGACUGAUCCGUGUAAAGGAAAGAAUGAAUGGGGCCAUGUAUCGUGAGAUUUUGAGUGAAAACCUCCUUCCAUCAGCAAGGGCAUUGAAGAUGAAACGUGGCUGGGUCUUUCAGCAUGACAAUGAUCCCAAACACACCGCCCGGGCAACGAAGGAUGGGCUUCGUAAGAAGCAUUUCAAGGUCCUGGAGUGGCCUAGCCAGUCUCCAGAUCUCAACCCCAUAGAAAAUCUUUGGAGGGAGUUUGAAAGUCCGUGUUGCCCAGCGACAGCCCCAAAACAUCACUGCUCUAGAGGAGAUCUGCAUGGAGGAAUGGGCCAAAUACCAGCAACAGUGUGUGAAAACCUUGUGAAGACUUAUAGAAAACGUUUGACCUGUGUCUUUGCCAACAAAGGGUAUAUAACAAAGUAUUGAUAAACUUUUGUUAUUGACCAAAUACUUAUUUUCCACCAUAAUUUGCAAAUAUAUUCAUUAAAAAUCCUACAAUGUGAUUUUCUGGAAUUUUUUUCCUCAUUUUGUCUGUCAUAGUUGACAUGUACCUAUGAUGAAAAUUACAGGCCUCUCUCAUCUUUUUAAGUGGGAGAACUUGCACAAUUGGUGGCUGACUAAAUACUUUUUUCCCCCACUGUAUAUGUUAUGUUAUGCCAGCUAUGCCAAGGUAAAACUAUAUGUUAUGUUAUAUGUUAUGAAAAAUGCCAAGGGGGGUGAAUACUUUUGCAAGCCACUGUAUGGAAUCAUGUAGUAACCAAAAAAGUGUUAAACAAAUCAAAAUAUAUUUUAUAUUUGAGGUUCUUCAAAUAGCCACCCUUUGCCUUGAUGACAGCUUUGCACACUCUUGGCAUUCUCUCAACCAGCUUCAUGAGGUAGUCACCUGGAAUGCAUUUAAAUUAACAGGUGUUCCUUCUUAAAAGUGAAUUUGUGGAAUUUCUUUCCUUAAUGCGUUUGAGCCAAUCAGUUGUGUUGUGACAAGGUAUGGGGGGGUAUACAGAAGAUAGCCCUAUUUGGUAAAAGACCAAGUCCAUAUUAUGGCAAGAACAGCGCAAAAAGCAAAGAGAAACGACAGUCCAUCAUUACUUGAAGACAUGAAGGUCAGUCAAUACAGAAAAUGUAAAGAACUUUGAAAGUUUUUUGAGGACCGCCACAGGAAUGGAAGACAUUGAAACGCAUUCCAGGUGACUACCUCAUGAAGCUGGUUGAGAGAAUGCCAAGAGUGUGCAAAGCUGUCAUCAAGGCAAAGGGUGGCUAUUUGAAGAAUCUGAAAUAUAAAAUAUAUUUAUUUUGUUUUGUUUAACACUUUUUUGGUUACAACAAGAUUCUAUAUAUAAUAAUAAUAAAUAAUAAUAUAAUAUUAUUAAUAAUAAUAAUAUAUGUGUGUGUGUGUGUGGUGCCCCUAACUAAUAUCCUAAUAUGUCUUCCUCCGUUGUCCAGACGUUUGCAGGAGACGUGGGCCACCUGUGGAAGACCUCAGACUCCCUGUUGGUUUGUCAGGAGCUGGUCCGGAAGGGAGUCAGGGGGUUAAUGUAAGUCCUGAUGACCAUACAAUGCACCAGACAACCAGCACAUUCAACUGGUUCACUGUUCAACUGGUUCACUGUUCAACUGGUUCACUGUUCAACUGGUUCACUGGUCAACUGGUUCACUGGUCAACUGGUUCACUGGUCAACUGGUUCACUGUUCAACUGGUUCACUGUUCAACUGAUGUUCUGCAUAAAUCCGUCUGUAUAUGUUAGUGUCUCGUUUGAUCUGCUAUCAAAUGAAUUGAACAGUGCGUCUCUCUCUGUCUCAGUGAGUUAAUGAAGGAAGACUACAGUGAGAUGGUACACAAGAAGUCAGAGGUCAUCCACCUCUGCCACUACUGCACUCAGAUCCUGGAGAGGACAGAGCAGCUGUGAGUACACGCUUUGAUCCACUUUGAUUUUGAUUUGACACAUUCCCCUCCAGUAGGUGUGACUCAACGUGGUGGUGUUGUCUCCUCUCCCAGGUACGAGGUGUUAAUGCAGGCCAAUAUGUUGUCAUCAUCAGAGUACGAUGAGAUCUCAGACAUGAGGAAGAAAAUAGUCCUAGUAAGUUCCUCUGUUCUCUCUGGCCCCGCCCCUGUUCACUCUGGCCCCGCCCCUGGCUACUAUCUUCUCAGUCAGUCAGUCUCAAAUCUCUGGAGCUGCUGUUGAUUGGUCGUCUCUCUGUGUAGAUCUCCAACUCCUUAGUCCCCAUGGAUCAGACGGUUCAGGACAUCAAGAGUAAGUUCCUGUCAGGUGGUGUUCUGACGGACAGCUGGACUCAAGCUGGGACACACCCUGAAGACAGGAAGUAAGUCAUGUGCGUGUUUGUGUGUGUUAGGGCUGUGACGAUACAAGUAUCGCAAUAUUUUUUUUCCAUUGCAAAAAUGAAAAACACAAAUGCUACCGAACUCUUUGGUCCUUUUUAAAAACCUUCCGUGUGAAACUUUAUUGUGUGCUAUAGCUUGGAAAAUAAAUCUACGUGACUCUGGAUGACAACAUAAGUUUGUUAGUUGCCAACAUUAGGGCUGUUAUCUAUAGAAGUUUCCUUUCCGCAAUACUAACGAGUGUUGGCGAUACUGGUACCGUUCCGGCCCUACUGUGUGUGUAUGUGGGUCUUUCUAUAAAUAAAAGGGGCCAAAUGUGUGACGACAGGGUCAACAUUUCAAAAUGGUUUGAUAAAAAAUGUAAAUAUGAUUUUCUUGCAGCUUCACAUGUAUAGUUACAGGAAUAACUCCACCUAGCAACAACAAAACAUCUACAUGUCAGUCUAAAUGCCACAUGAAACAUGGACACCGCAUGUUUUCUAGUGUUCUGUCUAGUAGCAGGUCUGUUUGUGCUUUGGUCAACGUCUCUGUCAUUUAUAGCCAUGCUGAACCUUCCAGAAAAAUGAAAACGAUAAACAACAGCAUUUCUAUACGUUUUAACAGUUUAUAUAAUAAUUUAUCAUCAAGCUUUAUUUCUACAGCACAUUUCAGACAUGGAAAGCAACACAAUGUGCUUCACAGGAAAAUAAACAAAUAAAAACAAUGAAAAUAAAUAUUUACUACACAACUUAAGGACCAAGAGGCAUGGAGAGGCAGCCUUUAGUUACUAUGCCCCCAGCCUCUGGAAUAGCCUGCCAGAGAACCCGAGGGGGGCCGAAACAGACACCUUGUGGAAAGCCACAUGUGAUAUGUAUUUUCUCUGAUUUAUGUUCACCAAGUGUGACAAAAACUCUCGACCGGUUAAAUAGGUCCUGAACCAAUUUAAAACUGGACCAGAGAGGCCAACCCACCUCUCCAGUCUGUCCAGAAGGACAUCAUGGUCAACAGAGGCCAACCCACCUCUCCAGUCUGUCCAGAAGGACAUCAUGGUCAACAGAGGCCAACCCACCUCUCCAGUCUGUCCAGAAGGACAUCAUGGUCAACAGAGGUCCAACCCACCUCUCCAGUCUGUCCAGAAGGACAUCAUGGUCAACAAGAGGUCACCCACCUCUCCAGUCUGUCCAGAAGGACCAUCAUGGUCAACAGAGGCCAACCCACCUCUCCUGUCUGUCCAGAAGGACUCAUGCGUCAACAGAGGCCAACCCACCUCUCCAGUCUGUCCAGAAAGGACCUCAUGGUCAACAGAGGUCAGCCCACCUCUCCAGUCUGUCCAGAAGGACAUCAUGGUCAACAGAGGCCAACCCACCUCUCCAGUCUGUCCAGAAGGACAUCGUGGUCAACAGAGGCCAACCCACCUCUCCAGUCUGUCCAGAAGGACAUCAUGGUCAACAGAGGUCAGCCCACCUCUCCAGUCUGUCCAGAAGGACAUCAUGGUCAACAGAGGCCAACCACCUCUCCAGUCUGUCCAGAAGGACAUCAUGGUCAACAGAGGCCAACCCACCUCUCCAGUCUGUCCAGAAGGACAUCAUGGUCAACAGUGUCUAAUGCAGCACUUAAAUCCAAGAGUACAAGGACAGAGAGCUGUUUGGCUCUAAGAUACUUUACCACUUUAACUAAGGCUGUCUCUGUGCUGUGGUGGGCACGAAAACCAGAUUGGAAUUUUUCUAAAAUACAGUUGCCACUUAAAAAAUGUAUCCAGGAUUUUGCUUAAGAAUUGGCCGAAAAUGUCUAAGAGCUGAAGAAUCUAGAUCCAUUUUCUUCAGAAGGGGUUUCACCAUAGCAGUGGGGAAAGUGCCUGUGAAACAGGGAAUGAUUAACAAUAGCUUGCACUUCUUCAGAUAUGCAAUUAAAAACGGUUUUGAAGAAGGUGGCGGGGUGAGAAUCGAGAAGGCAGGUAGAAGGCUUCAGUUGUGAUAUCAUUUUACUGAGCAUGUCUGUGUCAACCAGGGAAAAUAAAUCCAUAGUGCCUUUGCGUGGUAGGCUAGGGGCACAUAUCAUCAAAACUUCUCAUCAGGUCUUGCUUGACUGAUACCCAGCCUAAUGUUGGUUAUCUUAUCUCUGAAAUAUGCCGCAAACUCAUCACAUUUAGAUGUGGAGGAAAGUUCACAUAGGUUUGCAGGGGUAGGAUUUAUCAGGCUAUCAAUGGUCGAGAAGAGCCCUCUCGAAUGAUUCUGAUUAUUAGUGAUCAAGUUUAAAAAGCCCGUCUGGCAUUUCUAAUUGCCUUGCUAUAUACGGCAAGUUGCUCUCUCAGAAUAUCAUAAUGGACCUACAACUUGGACUUUCUCCACUUCCGCUCUGCCUUUCUGCAAUUUCUCUUUAAUCUAUUAGUUUCCUCACUCAUCCAAGGGGCUCUCCGUCUGGAUGUGGCCUUUUCCAACUUUACUGCAGCUAUGGCAUCAAUGGUUGCCCUUUAAUUUGCUAUUAAAGUGAUCAACUAAAUCACCACAAGAGGGAGGAAGAAUAGGUGGUGGAGUAUUGUUCAUACACUCAAUAAAAUCUCUAGCAACUUCAGAGGUAAGACGGCGUUUCUUAAUAAUACGUUCAGUAUUACCCUGUGUUGCUAUGGGCAACAAGGUAGGAAAAACAUCCACAGUGGUGAUCAGAUAAUAUCAACAUCGACAAUAGAGGAUAUGUCAAUAGAAAGCCCCUUGGUAAUAACCAGGUCCAGAGUAUGGCCGUGGUUAUGGGUGGGCCCAGUAACAUGUUGGAUAAAGUCCAUAGAGAUCAAAAUAUGAAUAGAUUCAAUGGCCUUGGAGUCAGUCUCUUUUGUCAACAUGAAUAUUAAAAUCGCCCAACACGAUGAUUUUAUCAUAGUUCUCAAGGACAAAAGACAAUAGUUCAGAGAGAAAUCAGUAAAGAAAGUGGGGCAGUGCUUUGGUGGCCUAUACAGGGUUAUGGCUGACAUUUAAACAGUAUAGCGUGAUGCUCAGAAGACCCAAAGUUGCCAAAUGAAAUAUCCUUACAGCUGAGAGCAUUAGUAAAAAUAGAGGCUGUCCCCCCACCCUUUUUCCCUUUUCUGAUAGAGUAUGAAAAGCUGAAUCAACUUUGCGCUCAGUAAUGAGGUCAUUCACGAGAGAGAUUUUGCUAGUGAUUGCUCUAACAUUUAAAAGUGCCAUAUUCAAUGAGUGUAGACCCCUGGGGCAUCUGCCUAGAGGUAACAAAUGGAAAUAACAACAACCAAAUGAUUAACGUUACAACCACGUUGUCUGACAGUCUCCAAUCUAUCAGAAUGGUAGAAGAUGACAGUUCGUAUAAACUCACUAGAAGGCGGAGUUAAAGGAACAUAAAUUAGGCCAUAGUGUAAUUUCUACAGGAGUUGAUAUGGUUUCCAAGUCCUCUGUUGGUUAUUCUGACAGGGAGAACUGGAGCGCUACCAGACCCUGUCCAUCAGUCUCUAAAACAGUUUGAGAUGUUGCUGGAAAUAAUCCUGGAACCCCCUUGCGGUUAGGGUGAAUCCCGUCUCUUUUUAAAAAAUGCUCUUUGCUCCCACAGCAAAUCAAAGUUGUCACAAAAAAGAGACAUUCCUGUCGAUGCAAAGUUUUCUUCAGGUACUCGUUCAGGGCAAAGAGUCCGCCGAAAUGUUCCAAAACCCCUUCGGUAGCACGGGAGGGUGCUAAAGAUAAUUAUUCUGACUGAACUACCAUAAUACCCAUGGCCUGUCCAGAAACAAACCCUAGCCCCUACUGCCCAGAGUCUGGACACUUGUAGAGAUCUGAGAGGGAUUGGUGGGUGGUGACAUGGUGAGAGCUCCACCUUACCCUCUGAUUGGCUUGGGGGAAUUUUGGCAGGUAUUGCUUUACACCCGUCCAAUCCUCUCAGAUCUCCACUAGUGUCAAGGGGUUGGGGCUAGGGGUUGGGGCUAGGGGUUGGGGCUAGGGGUUGGGGCUAGGGGCUAGGGGUUGGGGCUAGGGGUUUGGGGCUAGGGGCUAGGGGUUGGGGCUAGGGGUUGGGGCUAGGGGUUGGUGCUAUGGGUUGGGGUUGGGGUGCUAGGGGUUGGGGCUAGGGUUGGGGCUAGGGUUGGGAUUGGGGCUAGGGGUUGGGGCUAGGGGUUGGGGCUAGGGGUUGGGAUUGGGGCUAGGGGUUGGGGCUAUGGUUUGGGGCUAUGGGUUGGGGUUGGGGCUAGGGGGUUGGUGGCUAGGGGUUGGGGAUUGGGGCUAGGGGUUGGGGCUAGGGGUUGGGGCUAUGGGUUGGGGCUAGGGGUUGGGGCUAGGGGUUGGGGCUAUGGGGUUUGGGGCUAGGGGUUGGGGCUAGGGGUUGGGGCUAGGGGUUGGGGCUAUGGGUUGGGGGCUAGGGAUUGGGGCUAGGGGUUGUUUCAGGACAGUAGGUGGACCUACAGCACGACACUUGAGGGCAUCGGUUGGAUGUUUAAUUCCAUUGCUAUACACACACAGACUUAUCACUCAGAUAAUCACUUACAGUAACAGCAGUUAAUAAGUAAAUGACACUACAUCUUAUGCAGAAAUUGAGAAAUCUUACCUUGGCGCUGCGGCACGCCAUGGGCAGCUAUUAAUCAAUUAAUAGAUAAUAGACUUUGAAAGGACAGGAAGUGUCGGCUGUGCACUUGACCAGGCAUUCCACAUUUAACCCCACCCACAUUUGAGCAUCGGAAUAUCAAGUUGUUUUUUGGUUUUAUAUUCAAAAACAAAAAAACAAGCCCUUUUCACAAAUCCCGACUGCUCCGUUUCUAACUCCAAAACCAAACGAUGAAGACUUACACGGACCGUAAUCUUACCUCAGGAAUCUUGACUUCAUGUUGUCCACAACAUAGGCUAAUUAUCUUGACCACUGUAACAACAUAGAUACCAAAAUGUUCUGUCAAUCCUCCAGAUCAACAUGAAUUCCUGCACUUUGGCUGUUCAAUCGCGUGCAGUAUCACACCAAGUUCUUUAUCACUUGACUGUCAAUUCUGAAAAUCCUUUACUGAAUCAGCUGAUGUUGUGUGAUAAUGUCCCCCCAUGUAACUAAACAGCUAGACAUCAAACGCUUCAAACAACUAUUACGGAUAAUUAGUGAAGAACCCCGUUAAUGACGGUAUCGAUUUCUGUUUUUAUUAAUCAUGUUAAAGGUACUCUUUCUGUUAGAAGCAUUCGAUUUUGCAAUCACAUACAUUAUUUUGGAUAUGUGUGCCCAUGAAAACUGUUUUCCACACCGUAACAUAGGGCGAUACAUAAUGUACGAGGUUACAGUACACUUCCCAGAUCUCCAUACAAAAAAAGUAUGACGGCAAUAUCCAAUAUCUGUGGACUAAUGUUAAGGUUCUUCCUAAACCCUAACAUUAGUUCCACAGCUCCUUUCAGCCAUCUACCACCAGUUUGCUCAUGGUUUUCUCUGUCUCUGUCUCUGUCUUCAGUGUUGAGAGGAUUAAGGUUCUCCUGGACUCCAUUACAGCCAUCUACCACCAGUUCAAGAAGGACAAGGCUGAGAGACGUCUGCCUUACAACGAGGAACAGAUACACAAAUUUGACAAGUAGGUCCGUCUUUCUGUCCGACUGACCAGGUUUCCGCCCAACCUUUCUGUGUGAGUGAAGUACACGUCGGGUAUGAAAUGUCACAACGGGGUCUGAUGGAAACGUUUAUCGGUAAACUUUCCAAAUGUCAACAAAAACAAAAUACGUUAGGCGAGGUGGGAUCUUUUUCACGUCUGUAAAAUGAAUGAUGUGAAAUAUUGAUAUAACAACCGUCAUAUGGACGUAAACUUGGAGUCACGUGAUGAUACGGUGUGUGGUCCUCCCACGGCUACAGAUACACUGUAGAAUAAUAAGGGUGGUGAAAAUACACGGCGAUGAGCUUGAUGCUCCUUCCCAAUAAAUAUCCAGGGUCUUAGUCUGGUGACGUGAUGAUCAAUGCUUGACUGCCGCUUGACGAAUAAAACUCUCGCUCUGAUCCAUAAUAAUCUCAUCAUGUAGAUAGCCUACCCACACUGUAUCUGCCAGCUGUUUUGGAUAGAGCGCACGUGAUAGAGCGCACGUGCCAAGACCAGAAUGGGCACAUUGGCUAUAGAGCGCAACAUUUGUUGUGACAAGACCAUCAGUAGAGUUGAAAAUGCGAUGGAAACCCAUUUAACUUGUAUUUUUUUGGUACUUGGGAAUUUAACCGCAAAAGGUAUUUUUAUGUGCACUGUGUCAUCAAGCACAGCCUUUUAUCCACAACGAGGCAAUUUGAAUUUGAUCUCUGGUGGGAAAAUGUGUUUUAUGUGGAUUUUUGAAUAUUUGGGCGGCAGGUAGCUUAGUGGUUAAGAGCGUAGUGCCAGUAACCGAAAGGUCGCUGGUUCUAAUCCCUGAGCCGACUAGGUGAAAAAUCUGUCGACGUGCCCUUGAGCAAGGCACUUAACCCUAAUUGCUCCUGUAAAUCGCUCUGGAUAAGAGCGUCUGCUAAAUGACUAACCAUUAUAUAUAUAUUUUUUAAUAUAGAUAAUAAUCUGUUGCCAUUUGGAUUUAAACCUAACUAUGCUUAUUGCAACCCAUUACCCUCUGUUUAGAUGACUUCUUACAACCCUAACAUUAGUCCUCCUUUAUCCAUGAUGACAGACCUGCUCCUCAACCCUAACAUUAGUCCUCCUUUAUCCAUGAUGACAGACCUGCUCCUCAACCCUAACAUUAGUCCUCCUUUAUCCAUGAUGACAGACCUGCUCCUCAACCCUAACAUUAGUCCUCCUUUAUCCAUGAUGACAGACCUGCUCCUCAACCCUAACAUUAGUCCUCCUGUUUCUCCUCUGACAGACAGAAGUUGGUGUUCCACGCCACCAAGGCCAGGUCUCUGUUCACAGAGGAGUGUGCCAUGAAGUACCGCAUCUUCAUCUCUAAGAGCGAGGAGUGGAUGAGGUCAGUGUGUCCUGUAAAUGAAGGAGGUUAUCAGAUGAGAUCAGUGUGUCCUGUAAA